GUUGUUGUUCCCGCAGAGAGGCGAGAAGAUGGCGGCCGUGUCAAGCGGAGGUGCAGCUGGGUCCGCUGCGGCCGGGAUUACGCACUCUACCCGACCGGCCCACGCAGGCAUGGGCGCCCAGAACCGAGCACAGCCAUCCUCUGGGAUCAGCCACUCCAAUCGACCUACCCCGGCUGCGGGGUGCAUCACCAACCCCGGCCAGCCCUCGGCCAGCAGGCCCCCCCCAGCCCGAGUGGGCUACUACGAAAUCGAGCGGACUAUCGGCAAGGGAAAUUUCGCCGUUGUUAAAUUAGCAACACACAUCAUCACCAAAGCAAAGGUGGCCAUCAAAAUAGUGGACAAGACCCAGCUGGAUGAUGAGAACCUGAAGAAGAUCUUCAGGGAGGUGCAGAUCAUGAAGAUGCUGAGGCACCCCCACAUCAUUCGUCUCUACCAGGUGAUGGAGACCGAGAGGAUGAUCUACCUAGUAACAGAGUAUGCCAGUGGCGGGGAGAUUUUUGACCACCUGGUGGCCCACGGCAGGAUGGCGGAGAAGGACGCGCGGCGGAAGUUCAAGCAGAUCGUGGCGGCCGUCCACUUCUGCCACUGCCGCAACAUCGUCCACCGAGACCUGAAGGCCGAAAACCUGCUCCUGGACCACAACCUCAACAUCAAGAUUGCAGACUUUGGCUUCAGUAACCUGUUCUCCCGAGGCCAGCUGCUAAAGACCUGGUGUGGGAGUCCUCCGUAUGCUGCCCCAGAGCUCUUCGAAGGGAAGGAGUACGAUGGACCCAAAGUGGACAUCUGGAGUUUGGGCGUGGUGCUGUAUGUUCUGGUGUGCGGUGCCUUGCCGUUUGACGGCAGCACCCUCCAGAACCUAAGAGCCCGGGUGCUGAGCGGGAAGUUCCGCAUCCCCUUCUUCAUGUCCACAGACUGUGAGUACCUGAUCCGACACAUGCUGGUGCUGGAGCCUAGCAGACGCCUCUCCAUGGAGCAGAUCUGUAAGAACAAGUGGAUGAAGCAGGGAGACCCCGACCCAGAGUUUGAGAGGUUGAUAGUGGAAUGUGAGCAGGUGAAGUCUGAGCGGGAGACAGAGCUCAUCAACGAGCAGGUGCUGAUGGCCAUGUCUGAGAUGGGACUGGACCGCGAGCGCACACUCCAGUCUCUGCACACUGAUGCGUACGAUCACUACAGCGCCAUCUACAGCCUGCUCUCUGACCGCCUGAAGAAACACAAGACCCUGCGUGUGGCCCCGCCCACACCCCGCCCCAUUGGCUACCCUCUCAACGCUGUACAGACGGAUCAGCAGGGUAAUCCCGUUAGCAUGAAUGUCCCUCACGUCCAGCUGAUCAACCCAGAGAACCAGAUCGUUGAGCCGGACGGAAACAUGGCCCUGGACAGUGAUGACGCAGAGGAGCCGUCUCCAGAGGCCAUGGCUCGCUACCUGUCCAUGAGGCGGCACACUGUGGGCGUCCCAGACCCCAGGAUGGAGAUGCAGGAGGAGCUGCAGAAGCUGCCCCCUGGGUUCCCCCGUGUGGCCCCCCAGCCCCCCUUCCCUAUGCCCCCCACCAUGGGCCAAAUGCACACACUGAUGCCCACCCAGAACCCACACCUGCAGCCCACACAGCAUCUGGAAUACAAGGAGCAGUCCCUGCUGCAGCCCCCCACCCUGCAGCUGCUGAAUGGCAUGGGACCCCUGGGCCGCAGGGCCUCAGACGGCGGGGCCAACAUCCAGCUGCAUGCCCAGCUACUGAAGAGGCCACGGGGACAGUCCCCUCUGGUCGCCAACCCUCACCCCGUUCCGGCUGUGGCUCCGGUGGAUGAGGAGGGUUCUGACGGGGAGCCCGACCAGGAGGCGGUGCAGAGGUACUUGGCGAACCGCUCCAAGCGGCACACGACGCACGCGCUCAUGAGCACAGCGCAUGGCGGCGAGCCGCUGGCAGACUCGCAGAGGCCCCAGGGCUCCCGGCAGAGGGGGUGGGCCCCGGAGCAGCACUGCCGGUCUAGUUACAAGGACUGUAACACCCUGCACUUGCCCAUGGAGCGUUUCUCCCCCGUGAGGCGCUUCUCUGAUGGAGCCACCACCAUCCAGGCCUUUAAGACCCACCUGGAGAACAGCAGCCUCAUCAGGCAGCUCAAACAGGAGUGUGAGCAGCUGCAGAAGAUGUACGCUUGCCCACAGGACGAGAGGCUGCUGGAGCACACACAACAACAACAUUUCCUGUACCAGCAGGAGCAGCAGAUUCUACACCAGCAGAUACAGGCCCUGUCUUUAGGGCACGGCGAGUGCCAGCCCAGUCAUCUUACCCACCAGCUCCAGAGGUUGCAUAUCCAGCCCUCCAGCCCACCGCCUACACAUCCCAGCAACCACCUGUUCAGACAGCCCAAUCAGAGUCCCCCUCCAACAGCGAUGAUGCAGGGGCAUGGUGUGCCAUCAGUGGUGCAGUACCAGCACGCCCCCGCCCUCUACCAGCCCUCCAGCGGGAGUCCCCCCCCCUGCGGCCUCCGCCCCGUCACCCUGCCCCCCCAGCAGCAGCAGCCCAGCUCCUCCUCCUGUGGCGGGGGCGUCCCCAUGCCCCAGCAGCAGGUGACUAUCCAGGUGCAGGAGGUGGAGCUGGGAGGGGGCGGGGCCCUUCAGCGCCAGCAGCAGGCUUUCCUUUCCACGCCGUGCACCCACCGGGUCCUGGGGAAGCAGCUGAGCGCAGACAACGCCGAGACCCACAGUCGCAGCCUCGGACGGUUCAACACAUACGACCAGGCCGCCUUCAACCCCCAUCUGUUCGGCGAGGGGUCUCGGCCAUCGGGGGUGGUGGGGGGCUACAACCCCUACCUCCAGGGGACCUCCCUCAAGGUGCCAGGGAUGGAGGGCUACCAGGGUGGGGUGGUCGGUGGGGCCGGAGGUGGGGGCUACGGGAGCCCCUCUGCCCUGCAGCAGGCUCUCCUCUCCCCCACCCCCCUGGAGUACCGGCCCCAGCAACACAUCACCCCCACCCUACAGGGUCUCCUCUCCCCCCGCCACUCCCUAACGGGCCACGCCGACCCCCGCCUGCCCCCCCAGGACCUGGCCUCCCUGCUGAAGAGGCAGAGCCCUCGGCCAGCACCCCCCACGCCCCCCAACGUGCCCCAGGACUACACGGAAAUGCUGCUGCUGCGCCAGCUCGGCCAAGGGGAGUCUCUGGAGCCAGGGAGCUCUUAUCACCACCACCUCCAAAUCAGGCCCCCAGACGCCCAGCCCCCCAGCCUGCCCCACUCGGAGAGCAUGGAGGAGGAUAACCUGCCGCCCGGCUACCAUGAGGGCCUCCUGGCCAAGACCCAAGGCUGUGGGGACGGCCAUGACCUGCUGGGCCCCCCCCGGGGAGGGACGCCCCCCUACAACUCCCCAACACACAGACACGCCUACAUGAGGAGCACCACCACAACCAGAGACAAUGAGCAUGUUGACUGCAGGACCCAGGGGCAGCAGGGUAUGGAGCAGGGCGUGCCUGACCGUAACGGAGUGGGUUACUCCACCAGGGGCCCCCAGGGGGACGGCUAUCGGCCCCGGGGCCAGCUACAGCGCCACCACACCAUCCAGACCUGCGACGACGCCUAUGACCAGGCUGAGCCCAUGUCUGGGAUGAGCCUAUUGGCUGGCAAGGCUCUGAGCUCCGCCCGCAUGUCUGACAUCCUCAGCCAAUCAUCUCUGACAGGAAGCCAGCAGCUCCACCAGCGGGAAGAGUCAGUGUGUGACGUGGAGGGAGAGCUCCACGCUGCAGUCUGCUACCCGUCAUCCUGCACCAGCAACAUCCUUCAUAGCUACAAACCCCCAGACCUGCAGUACAGCAUGGAGCAGGCCGGGGUCUAACACAGGAGCGUCUUCUGUGUAUAAAGGUCCAUAUCAGCCACCUGUGUUGAGCAGCAUCACACCAAACCGCCAUUGUCUGUCUGGAGGGGGCGUUGUCCGUCAGUCCUGGGGCCUUGGGGAGGGCAGGCAGCCUGUAGGCUGCAGCCCGGGGUGGGUGGGGGGGAUUGGCUGGGCGAGGGGUGUGGGUCCAAUGCCAGUAUUCUGUUCUGCACAGCCAUCUAGCAAGCAUUGCCAUCAUUGGCUCUCUCCAUUUCUGCUCUUCCAUCCGAUUGGAUAGAUUGGGCUCUGCCUCCCCCAUUCACUUCUUCCUUCCUACCCCCUUGUGGUCCCACCCCGCUCUCCUGCCCCCCUUAACCCCCCCCCCCUAACUGUUGCCAUAGCAACAAACUCAUGCGCCUCAAUGUCCCAGACAUUCAUACAGGCAAAACAUAUAGAUAACAUAAACUUACACAUGCACACACUCAGCCACAAACCCAAAGUAUUCACACCAAGUCUGUGCGCGGGGAUUCCUGUGAGGUUCUGUCCGCUCCUCCCUCUCCCCUCCACUGUAUUCCAGUGGACCAUUCCGGAGCGGGCUGUGAUCUCAGAGCCUAUGAGGCUCUCUCUCAGUGACCCAUUCCAUUGGGCUUGCGGGGGUGGGUUUGGGUCAGGCUCAGGGGCGCUAAAAAAAAACAAUGGAGCUCAGUGACAUCGAGAUCGCACAGCACAACCAGCUCUCAUUUUUUAUUUUAAUUUCCUGUUCUGUCGUUCUUUUUCUUAAUUGUUUUUAAAAUUCAUUUUUACGGCUAAUGUUCAUCUAGAAAUUAUAAUAAUUAUUGUUACUAUUAUUGUUAUUACUGUUUUCUGUAAAAUACGUUUUAUUGUUAUUAUGAUUAUAAUGAGAAUUAUUAUUAAAGGAAAAAAAAAUGUUCUGUGUUGCAAGGAAGACAACAUUUUCGUUUUGAUUACUUAAGUAAUUCUGCACUUUCGGUUCAAGCUAUCUUUUAUUCUUCUCCCUGUUUACCCUCAUACUGCCUUCUCCUUUUUCCACUCCCCAUCGCUCCCCUGCCCCCUCUUGUGUCAGUGACAGUGUGGCAUUGUGGGUAGUUUUAACAGACAUUCUUCCCCUUCCUCGCCUGUACAGCGACACCAUGUAUAGACCCCAAUUGCAAUUUCUGUAUCACAUUUUUUGGGGGGCAUUUUUAUAUUGUUAUUAUUUGUGCUUUUGGAUGUCUUCAGAUCUUUUUUUUCUCUCUUCUGAAUAUUGAGAUUUUUUGCCAAAAGAGUACUGGGAGAAGUCUCCUUCAUUGUCAUAAAAAAAGUUCUUAUUGUUUUAUUAUCGAGACACUUGAAGAGGAGAGUAAUUAUUUGUGUUACUUUUUUAUCAUUUCAAUCAUUGAUCUCGUCGUUGUUGUUAUUGUUCUCUGUUUUCUGGGGUAGAUUUAGCAGGCAAUGGGUUAUGGGGUGGUUCGGUGCUGGGAAUGCAGUCAUUGAAACGGAGGGGAACUAAUAUAGCUGACAUAUCAUCACCAUCAUCAUCGUAAGACAUUUAGAGGUGGAGAUGGACAGACCCCUUCUCCUCUCGCUUCCCAAUCUGCAGUGGUACCCUCCGUCUCUGACCUCGUCGCCCCCUUAUUGGCCGACACACAAUGGACAUUGCCUCUCCACCCGACUCUGGCCGCGCUACGGCCACAUCCAAGGAGGAGACUACUACUCUGCACAUGUGCUGCCCCCCUUUUCCAUCUCCAUCUCGUUCCCUACCUUCGUCACAUGAUCAGCGAGUGAGACCUACUCCAGCCCCAAUACCGAAUUCAGUCCUCCAUCGCUUCAGAAAUCAGGAACUGACCAGAAACAGAGCGGUUGCUUGAGUUUGAAUGCAACGCAGUAUGUACAGUUCAGAUAGUGAGCGGAGGGGGUGGGAGAAUGAUCUGCCCCCUUAUCCCUCCCUUGUCCGUAGGACUCCCAGUGCACCAUGGUCCAGCGAGGGACUGUGAGUGUGUUGCUGAUGAGUGACCACCUCAUCGUUGUCCUCGUCCUUCUGUCUGGCAUCCCUCUCAUCGUCUGUAAACCAGCUCUCUGCUCGGCACCUGUAUCCUAUGUUCUCUUUUUCUAACGUUUAUUUUGUUUUUGGGAGUACAAAAAUACUAAAGUGCAACAACGAUGAUUAAAUAGAAUACCAACUGAAAUGAAUUAAAUAAAUAUAUAUAAAUAAAUAAUUUAAAAA